GGAAGUUUCAGUGAAGGUAGUAGAGGAGGGAGGGGAGCCAGGACCGACUGUACUUCCUAUCUCUUUUCAGCUUCACUCACAGACUCAAUGGUUUCCAGAUCAGAGGAGGAUCUCUGCUGUCCGGUCUGUCAGGAGGUCUUCAGAGAUCCUGUUCUUCUGUCAUGUAGCCACAGCUUCUGUAAAGACUGCCUGAAGAGAUGGUGGAGAGAGAGACCAACACACGAGUGUCCAAUUUGUAAGAAAAUAUCAGUGUAUGAUCCACCUUUAAACCGAGCUUUAAAGAACCUGUGUGAGUCGUUCUUACAGGAGAGAGAUCGGAGAGCUUCAGAGGCUCUCUGCAGUCUGCACUCUGAGAAACUCAAACUCUUCUGUCUGGACCAUCAGCAGCCAGUGUGUGUCGUCUGCAGAGACUCAGAAAAACACACCAACCACAGAUUCAGACCCAUCGAUGAAGCUGCACGACAACACAAGAAGGAACUUCAGGAAACUCUGGAGCCCUUAAAGAAGAAGUUAAAGGUUUGUGAAGAAGUUCAAGUGAAGUUUGAUAAAACAGCAGAACACAUUAAGGUCCAGGCCCGACACACAGAGACGCAGAUUAACGAGCAGUUUAAGAAGCUUCACCAGUUUCUAGCAGAGGAAGAGGAGGCCAGGCUGGCUGCACUGAGGGAGGAAGAGGAGCAGAAGAGUGGGAUGAUAAAGGAGAAGAUGGAGGCUCUGAGCAGAGAGAUAGCAGGUUUUUCAGACACAGUCAGAGCCACAGAGGAGGAGCUGAGAGCUGAAGACGCCUCAUUUCUGCACAACUACAAGGCUGCAGUGGAAAGAGUCCAGCACUGCCCCCUGCUGGAUGAUCCACAGCUGCCCCCAGGAGCUCUGAUAGACCAGGCCAAACACCUGGGCAACCUGACCUUCAACAUCUGGAAAAACAUGAAGGACGUGGUCUCCUACACUCCUCUCAUUCUGGACCCAAACACUGCUCAUCCAGAACUCAUCCUGUCUGAAGAUCUGACCAGUGUGAGACGAGAAGAAGAGAGGCAGCAGCUUCCUGACAAUCCAGAGAGGUUUGAUUAUUCCUGCUCUGUCCUGGGCUCGGAAGGCUUUAACUCAGGGACUCACAGCUGGGAUGUUGAGGUUGGAGAGAGCACAGGGUGGAUACUGGGUGUGUCAGAAGAGUCUGUGGAGAGGAAGGGAGACAUAGACUCUGGAUUAUGGAUAAUUUGGUUCUAUCGAGGUGAAUACUCAGCAUCGUCUCCAUCAGCAGAAACUGAUCUCUCAGUAGAAAAGAAGCCCCGGAGGAUCAGAGUGAAUCUGGACUGUAACAGAGGACAGCUGUCGUUCUCUGAUCCUGAUACUAACACACACAUACACACCUUCACACACACUUUCACUCACAGGAUGUUUCCAUAUGUUGAAACUGUGGCUGGUAAAGUGAAGUUUAUCAUUCAGUCUCCGAGUCCUGCAUUUGGGUCCUACAUCCUGCCUUCGGUCUUCUGGAGUCUAAAAGCUAGGAGCAUGGGGGACCGGGGAAAACAGGAGUUUGUGAGCUGGUGGGCAGUGGAAUUGGUUGCAGACAAAGGCACACGGGAGGGGGGAAGCGACACUGUGGAGUUUGAAGGCGGCCUACAUGGACGAGGUGAAGAACCUGGCAUCGUGGUGUCAGGGCAACAGCUGAAGAUCUGCAAGACCAAGGAGCUGGUGGUGGACUUCAGAAGGAGUAAGCACCAAGUCUACAAGCUCCUUAUCAUCAACGGAGCUUCAGUGGAGCGGGCGCCGUCCUUCACGUGUUUACCCUGCUGGAAAUAG